AUGGCUUCUCCGCUCAAGACCUCAGUCUUGCGCAUGCCGCUAACAGGUCUCGUGCGCUCAUCACAAAAAGCUUCAUUCUCUACCCUCCGCCCAGCAUCAUGUCUCUCAGCAUCGCCGCUCCGACCCCAAUGCUUCACGCCCGUCGUCGCAAAGACCUUGUCCCGCACCUACGCCGAUAAGUCGCAGUCCACCACCACCACCAGCGAACUCCCCCCGCUCGACUGGAACAGCUUCUUCAAGCUGCGAGUUUCGCGCCGACGAUACCAGCUCUUGUUCUCCAUCACCAAUGGAUUGUUUGCCGGUGGUGCAGGCGCCGUUUUCCUCUCGACGGGUCUGGCGGAACCGAUCAUCUCGCAAAUCCCUCUCGAUCCGUUUAUGACGCUGGGACUUAUGACGCUCGCGUUCUCGGGUCUUGGGUGGUUGAGCGGCCCAAGUGUUGGAAACCAGGUCUUUUACCUCUUGAAUCGUCAGUGGAAGAAGCAGAUGACGCAGAAGGAGGCUCAGUUCUUUGAGCGCAUCAAGAAGCAUCGGGUUGACCCCACCAACUCGAGCGCCAGCAACCCUGUCCCCGAUUUCUACGGCGAAAAGAUCUCUAGUGUUUCUGGAUAUCGCCAAUGGCUAAAAGACCAAAAGGCAUUCAACAAAAAGAAGACUGCCAACUUUGUGUAA